AUGCGUUCUUUCUUGCUUGUCGCCGUCGGCAGCUUCGCCUACAAGGCAAUGGCUCAAACAGCCACCUUCGCUCCUGGUAUGACGUGGAAUGCCGUCACAGUCGGCCAGGUUUGGCCGAUCCACUGGACUGUCGGCGAUGGAACUCCUGUUUCCUUAUUCCUAGGGAACACGAGCUGGAAUACUCCAAUUUUCGAGGACAAACCUGCCGGUGAUGGAGAAUAUGACUGGUCCGUCACAGUCCCCGAUGGUUUUGUCGGUGGCAACUAUGCUCUGGCUUUGGUUCAGAGUGGUGCCAUGGACUACUCUCCGCUAUUCAGCGUCAGCCUUGCCCCUGCCGGGUCGUCCAGUUCGACAUCUAUGAUGUCCACGUCGAUGACAACAUCAAUGCCCAAUGCCACUGUCACGGGCAAUCCCAUCUCAGCUACUGUCGACCCUACAACCACGGCAGCCCCGACCGUAACCGUCACAUACUGGGAUCUCGAGUGCGGCUGCACAAAGACUUCUGAGAUGGCCGCAACUGCCGCUGCCACUGGCUCGGGUCUGGCUGGAACACAAUACACCUGGUACGACGAUGUGUGCGGAUGUACCAAGACUGCCAUAGCCCCAGCUCCUACCACGGCUCAGUGUCCUGGAAGUGGAUGCACGAGUUACACAGCUCCCCCUGGUGGAAACGUGCCACCUCCGCCAACUUCUCUGUCAUCCGCACCGACCCCCUCGGCGUCGACAUUCCAGGGUAAUGCGAACCGAUUGGGAAGCUCGGUGGUAGGUGUUGUGGGGGUGAUUGCGGCGGCAAUGUUGGCAUAG